GCAACGUUAUCACUGGCGUUAUCAGAUCGGGUGAGCACGUACGGCGCGACACGGAUCCGCAGUCAACAAAUCGUUUACACUUUGCGGCCGUCACCGAGGUCCGUUGCCGAUCCGAUCAACGCUGUUCGACGGAGCCGCGACCUUUCGCGAUAUCCACGACGAGCACGGAGGACGCGCGUCGUUCGACACAGCGGUUGUUCGACAGACGGCACACACAUUCGUACACGUCUGCACACGUUGGUUGGCAUAAUGAACAACCCACCGAGCUCAAGCAGUUCUUCAUGUGAUCCAGGUCCAUCGAAUUCUGUAGCUGUUCGAAAGCGACUGACUUCUCCAUAUUCUGGUGAUUUUGGCGAGUACUUCUCACAACAGUACUCUGUACUCAAGUUGGUCUUGUCGUAUUUAAACUAUUAUGAUCUCAACACUCUUCGGUCGGUGAACACUUCAUUGAAAAUGGCUGCUGAUAUUCUGUUAAAAAAACGUAUAUGGAUUCAGAGUGGUUCUUUAAAUUAUUUGCAAGGCACCGAUCAUCGUCCAGAACCUAUACACACUAAACAUUUCAUCGAUUUAAAAAUUGAACCACAAGUGUUGUUCACUUUUGAAGGCGUGGCUGGAAGUCCAUCUUCUAGAUCCAGACCUAAGAUUUGCAUGCGCUUGCGAGAUAGAAAUGAUGAUCGUUUUUUUCCUAAAAAUGAGAUUGUGCCAAAUUCUGUUAAAACUUUCAUACCAAUCGCAUCUAAAGGUAUUAUUUAUCCAGAAAAAAAUGACAAAAAUGAAUUGAUUAUUGUUCAAACAAUGUUGCACAAAAAACUAGUACUUCUCUAUUUGCCUACGAAAGACAAUUUUGAGGUUAGCGUUUUUACACAAGUAUUUACAACUGAAUCAUUUGAAAUGGGUAAUAUUCGCAGAUUUUUUCUUAAUGAUCAUCGUCCUGUCCAAGGAGUAUUAUUUCUGAAAAUUGGCCCACCACACGUUGAAGGAAUAAUUACAUAUAUCGUUUCACUUAUAUCCACUAACCAGUCAGAACCAUUUGCAGUGUCUGGUGGACAUGUGUCAAGUCUGGACUAUGACAAUCCACCUAAGAAAAACUUUUCUGGUGUUCUUAAAGCAAUUGUAUUUCGUGGUACGGGUAUACGAUGUAUGUCAGAUUUUAUUGGUGCUACUACUAAUGAUGGGGUACUCGCGGGCUUAAAACAUGCAUCAUUGUAUGUUGACAAAACUUUUGGUAAGCUAAAUGUUCAUAAAACAUUUAUCAUCAUGUUCCAAUGUAUUGACAGAAAUGCAUUGCCAAUUGAAGACUAUACUCUUCUUGCCAAAAUAUUUCCAGGAAUUCCGAUUUUUGGAUUGCAAACUUGGGGAGAAAUUGGAUUUAGAUCUUAUAACCCUCAUGGAUUGACAUUUAUUCCUAAAAAGAGAAAGUUAAACAUUAUACAUUCAGUUAAAACUACAUAUAUGUUAGUUACUAUGGAUUAAUAUAAAUUUAUUUUUUUUCUUUUUUUCUAUAUUUUUAUUGUUUUAUUUUUUUUAUUAAUUUAUUUUUUCAUUCUCAUAACACAUACUCAAUUUUUACAUUGCAGUUUAAUUUAAUUUAAACUAAUUAUUUAUACAUGGACUAUAUUAUGCAGAAAAUAUCUGCAGAAAGAACCCUAUUCCUAGUUGAUUGAUAAUUUUGUUAUCUAUAUUAAUGUAUUUUAUUAAUUUUAUGAUGUGUAAUUUAUUACAUAACAAUUAUUUAUAAGACACUUGUAUAUUAUGCUCGUGUAUAUAAAGAAUUAUUAAUACAGUUGCCAAUCAUUGGACUUGCAGUUAAUUGACUUAUUUGAAUAAUGGACUCAAAUGGUCUAGUUUUAAAGUGCAAUAGACAACUGUAUUACAAUUUUAUAUCUAAUCUACUAAAUUCUAUUAUUUUUUUUUAUGGACUGUGAAGAUAUCAGUAUUGCCACAUUUCCACUAUAAAAUUAAAGAAUUUGCUAAUAUAAGGAAAAUAAAUUGAGUUUCAUUUUUAAAUUCUUUGA